GCCACUGGGCUGGAGAGCUCCUCCAGGCUACAGUCGGCUUCCCAGUCCCAGCCAUAGUAGAGUCUCCUUCGGAUGCGGGCACUCAGCUUCUGGUGUCCUGGGAGGAACUGAAACAGGGCAAGAAGUAGUGGAGGGUGAAGGGCAGGAAAAGGUUGCUGUCUUCGUCGUCCCUCCGGCCCUUCUUCCUACUCAGCGUCUCACUUUUGGCCUAUUUUUUGCUGGAUCUCUGGCAGCCUCGCUUUCUCCAUGACGUUUCAGCAUCAUCUCCAGAAGAGCCACACUCUGACAGUGAGGGUGCAGGGUCAGGCGCCCAGCCGCACCUGCUGAGUGUGCCCGAGUUGUGCAGAUACCUGGCUGAGAGCUGGCUCACCUUCCAGAUUCAUCUGCAGGAGCUGCUGCAGUACAAGAGGCAGAAUCCAGCUCAGUUCUGUGCUCGAGUCUGCUCUGGCUGUGCUGUGCUGGCUGUGCUGGGACACUAUGUUCCAGGGAUUAUGAUUUCCUACAUUGUCUUGCUCAGUAUCCUGCUGUGGCCCCUGGUGGUUUAUCAUGAGUUGAUCCAGAGAAUGUACACACGCCUUGAGCCCCUGCUUAUGCAGCUGGACUACAGCAUGAAGGCAGAAGCCGAUGCCCUGCAUCACAAGCACGACAAGAGGAAACGGCAAGGGAAGAACUCACCCCCAGGAGGUGAUGAGCCACUGGCAGAAACAGAGAGUGAGAGCGAGGCAGAGUUGGCUGGCUUCUCCCCAGUGGUGGAUGUGAAGAAAACAGCACUGGCCUUGGCUAUUACAGACUCAGAACUGUCAGAUGAAGAGGCUUCUAUCUUGGAGAGUGGUGGCUUCUCUGUAUCCCGGGCCACAACUCCACAACUGACUGAUGUCUCUGAGGAUUUGGACCAGCAGAGCCUGCCAAGUGAGCCAGAGGAGGCCCUGAGCCGGGAACUGGGAGAGGGAGAGGAGACAGAGCUGGCUCCUCCCGAAGACCUACUGGGCCCCCCUCAGGCUCUCUCAAGGCAAGCUCUGGACUCAGAGGAAGAGGAAGAAGAUGUGGCAGCUAAGGAAACCUUGCUACAGCUUUCAUCCCCCCUUCACUUUGUGAACACGCACUUCAAUGGGGCAGGGUCCCCCACAGAUGGAGUGAAAUGCUCCCCUGGAGGACCAAUGGAGACACUGAGCCCGGAAGCAGUGAGUGGUGACUUCACCGCUCCAUCCAGCCCCCUGUCAUCCCCACUUUGCCUUGUUGAAAGUGACCCAGUCCCCUCCCCUUCCAUGCUCCCACCUCUUUCCCAGGACUCACCCCAGUCCCUGCCUGCCCCUGAGGAAGAAGAGGCACUCACCACUGAGGACUUUGAGUUGCUGGAUCAGGGGGAGCUGGAGCAACUGAAUGCAGAGCUGGGCUUGGAGCCAGAGACACCUCCAAAGCCCCCUGAUGCUCCACCCCCUAUGCCCCUGGAGCCUGACACCCAUUCUCUGGUACAAUCAGACCAAGAGGCUCAGGCCAUGGCUGAGCCAUGAGCCUUGAGGGAAGGAGCUGCAGGCACAGUAGGGCUUCCUGGCUAGGGGUGUCGCUGUUUUCUCCUUUCCCUACCACUCUGGGGAGGGACAAUGCAUGGGGAAGCUGGCUGUCAGAUGGUAGCCAGUCCAACCUCUUCCUGCCUGCCUGCCUGCCUGCCUGCCUGCUGUCCUGGGCAUGGUGCAGUACCUCUGCCUAGGAUUGGUUUUAAGUUUUGUAAAUAAUUUUCCAUUUGGGUUAGUGGAUGUGAACAGGGCUAGGGAAGUCCUUCCCACAGCCUGCACUUGCCUCCCUGCCUCAUCUCUAUUCCCAUUCCACUAUGCCCCAAGCCCUGGCAGUCUAGCCCUUUCUUUUUCUUCCUAUCCUCAGGGACCUGUGCUGCUCUGCCCUCAUGUCCCACUUUGUUGUUUAGUUCAGGCACUUUAUAAUUUUUCUAUCCUGUCCUGCGUCCUUCUCUGCUUUAUUUCCUUGCUGUGUCCUGUCCUCAGCAGCUCAAUCCCAUCCUUUUCCAGUCCCUCCUUCUCAGCAGGCACCAGCUAAGCUUUAGGGAGACUUCUGGUCUUGGAGGUAAACAGUAAACCUGGGCUAGUGGGUCAGGCCAGUAGUUAUGCUCUUAGGUCACUAGUUUGUAACCUCCACUGCACCCUUGCUCUAUUCAGCCCAGCCUUUCAUGAUGCAGGAGGAGAGCAGGGAUCCCACAGCACAUGGGCCAGCGCUGGGGUUGGUGAGCAUGCAUUCUGUCUCAUUGAGAUGAGGGGCUUCCUUACUGCUACUCUAGUCCAUGAGUGAUCUGAGUGUGGUAGGACCCCCUACUAGGGUCAGGAAGUGGACAGUAAUAUCUGUGCAGGUAUCAACUGGAAAAAUAAAAUGUUGAUUGGCUAGAACUGCUGCCUGCCUGCCUGCCUGCCUGCCUCACUGUGAGUUGCCUCCCAUACUCUGUGCUUUGUCUUCUCCUCCCCCUUAUUCCCUUCAUCCCAAUCUUGUUCUUGACUGUUAAUUGCCUUAGUGCAAAACAAGACCAGAAGCAAGGAUUACCCUGACAACCCUAACUUUCCCUUAGCCAUCCUUCCUGAUAGUGCGAUAUGUUUAGUGAGAUUUGGCAUGUGUGAAUAAAGUACGCAGGAGGAAA